AUGCAGAUGCCAGAUGAAGAAAUGUGGGAAAAGGUUUCACGUGAUUUCUUUAAUAUUUGGAAUUUUCCUAACUGUUUGGGCGCUAUAGACGGAAAGCAUGUCAAUAUACAGGCACCAGAUAAUAGUGGAAGCUUAUACUAUAAUUAUAAAAACUUUUUCAGUACAGUGUUACUAGCUGUGGUCGACGCGAAAUACAGUUUUUUAAUUGUUGAUGUCGGAUCAUAUGGUAAAAAUAGCGACGGCGGAAUUUUACAGAAUUCAAAAUUUUGGAAAAAACUCAACACCAAUAAGUUAAAGCUGCCCCCAAAUAAACCUCUACCUAGUACCACUGAAAGCUUACCACAUGUUUUUAUAGGAGACGAGGCAUUUCCUUUGAGCAAUAAUAUAUUGCGGCCGUAUCCAAGAGAACAAGCAAGAACAGAAUUAUCAAAAAAAGUAUUUAAUCUGCGUUUAAGCAGGGCAAGAAAAGUCGUAGAAUGUGCAUUUGGAAUGCUAACUCAAAGAUUUGAAAUUUAUCAAAAACGAAUGAAAAUUCAGCCGAAGUACUGUGAUUUAAUUAUAUUAGCAACUACAUGUUUACAUAAUUUUUUAAUAGAAAAUCGGACGCCAGGACAAGAGAAUGAAUUUCACAGCAAUAUAAAUUUAUUAACAGCAAUAACAGACAAUAAUAAUGAAAACAGUUCUAAUAGCGACGCAGUUCUAACCACAAGGAAUAAAUUUAAGGAUUAUUUUUCAUCAAGUGGUGCUUUAGAUUGGCAAGAUCAAGUGGCUACGCGAGUUUCUUAA